GGCCAGCUUUCAGUUGGUGCGGGCACGCGAAGAAACGAACUCUCAACUGUGUCAGACUCUCAAAGCGGAAAUCGGAAAUGUGCGCAGAGUGAGUCUCGAAGGAUAUCUCAGGACUCACAGGACAUACACACAACACUGCAGAGAUCAUGGCAGCCUGCUACAAUGCCUACAGCGUGGGAUCACAGUCUUUCGAGUUCGACGAGGACGACGACGACGCCUCCUUCGACAGUGGCUACGAGAAGAGCUUCGAGACGGAGGCCCAGCUGAGUUCCCGCCGGCGCUUGGACUUCGACGAGGCGGCGCCGAAUUCUCUGGCGCCGCAAUUGCCGUAUUCCGCAGCCUGGGAUGGCGCGCCACUCAGCUCACCACCGGCGGCCGCUGCGGGAUUCGUGGGGCUGCUGGACACGAGCAGUAACCACAGCACGCGGAGCGGCAGAACGUUGGUGGAGCACCUGAACAGUCGCGCCCCGAACGGAGGCUUCGAGCCGUCGCUGACCAGCACGCCGGUGAAGUCGCCCGAAGAUCCGGAUGCGCCACGCCAGAAGCGCAAGUAUGCCGUCGGCAAAAACCGGGUGACGCGCUCGCGAAGCCCCACGCAGGUGGUGCGGAUCAAGCGCUUCCGCCGGAUGAAGGCCAACGAUCGGGAGCGGAACCGGAUGCACACGCUGAACGACGCCCUGGAACGGCUCCGAGUAACGCUGCCGUCGCUGCCCGAGGAGACGAAGCUGACCAAGAUCGAGAUCCUGCGCUUCGCCCACAACUACAUCUUUGCGCUGGAGCAGGUGCUCGAGAGCGGCGGCACGAUCAACCUGGACCUGGAGAAGCUGCAGAACUUCACGCUGAGCGGCGAGCGGAUCACCAAGGAGCUCUUCGACGCCCUCUUCGUGAAUCCUCAGCCCUUUCCCAUGUUCGGUUGCGGUAGGAUGUUCCCGUAUGGCCAGGGAGCCACGCCUCUGGUCCAGAAUCCGCACCCUGCGGAGCACCAGCCGCCAAUGGGGGGCGGGGCCUACCAGCAGGGCAUGGACUACCCGCAGCAUCCGCCAGGCUUCGACUUUACCGGCAGCAUGCGGUUCUAUCACCACCACCAGCAGCACCAGCACCAGCAGCCGGAGCCCAUCCAGCACAUGCCUAAGCAGGACUCCAGUCCCCCGCAGCAGUUCUCGCAGGAGAAGUAUGAUCUCUUCCGUGGUACCUUCGAGGCAGCUGCCAAUAUCCAGCCGGCGAGCGCGGAGUCGGGGAUUCAUCAGCAGAGCAGCUUCUACACACAGACGCCGCCGUGGAAGGACUAUCCGGAGGAUCAGGGAGCCCUUGGGCACGCCCAUGCCCACGCCAUUCCACAUCCCCACAGCUACAAGCAGUUUGCCCCGCAGGUGUAGCACAGUUUUGGGGGCCAGAGCUGCGAUCUAGGGUUCUUUUCAGCGUGAUAUGUUCGAGGAUAGCGCGGACUUGCAGGAAACUGACUUAGGGGAAUCCCUCAAAGAUGAUCCUGCGACAUAUUUGGGUUUCAGUUAAUCCUAAUAAGUUCUUCAUCUCAGGAUUACUCUGCCUCACUUUCCUCGAGUCCCGCGCAAUCAGUUGAUAUUGGUAGUAAGUGAGGGACACAACUGAAUGCAAAGAUUUAUCAUUCUGUUGGAAGUGGGAGAUCCAGUUCCAAGUAAUGCGAAUCAUUGCACUCGGUUGAGUCCCGUGUUAUAGAGGGAUCUGCAGAAGAUAAACCAAUGACUUUUCAAUAACCAACCAAAGGAGACUUUUGAAAACUUUUUAAAAUCGAUUGGGAUCCAUUUCGAAUCUUAAUUAGUCUCAGAAGUCUCCUUUAUAUCACAUCAUUGGUUUCUUUUUUGUGGAUCUCAGUGGAAUAUCUGAACCAAGGGUGCUUGGUCCGAUAUAUAGCACUCUUCUUCUCAGCAUAUUCCACAUCUUCUCGACUAUGUAGUACAAAUCGGUUGUCCAUUUAGCCUAAGCGGAUACGUACCUUGCCAUCGUAGACGUAAGCCUAGAACUAAGCUACUCCGAUAUGUACCAGGUAUUAGCCGUAAUUAAUUGUACGAUCGAUGGACCACUUAUGUAGGUUAAGCCAGAUUCUCUAUAUCAGUUAUUGCAAUGCAAGGAAAGCGAGCUAGUCAGGGCCAGAACUUUACCGUGAUAAGAUUGAAAUUCGAUGUAAAGCCAUAGAGAUUUAUUUUUGCAAAUAAAGUUGACGAUCAAAACGA